AUGUCGUAUCAACCAGAGGAACCACCGAACAACACCAUCAUCAACGGCCAUACCGGCGCCUCCGCCAAGCUUUAUCGCAAACCCGCCGACCCGGAAACGCAGAAGCUCAUCGACCACGUUAUCGAAAGUGGCUUCGUCGUCAUCGAGAACGCCUUUGGGGACAUAGAAAUCAAUGAGGCCCUCGGCGAAGUAGAGCGCCUCAGCGUUUCAACCGAACUUGGCGGCCCUGCCAGUGCUCACGGCCGUAACAACUUUGAAGGUUUUAAGACGAGGCGCAUCUACACGCUCAUCAACAAGUCCAGGAUCUUCGACAAGUUUGCCAUUCAUCCCCAAGUCGAGGCCCUGAACAACUAUUUCCUCGACCCCGGAUUCCUCCUGAGCAACUUCCAGAGCAUCAACAUUCAGCCGGGCGAGGAGCCCCAGACGCUCCACCACGACGAUGCAUACGCUACUCUACACGGCCACACAGGCCGCUGGGUUCUGUACGUCGGCUUACAGAGAUCCGCCUUAGUUCCCCUUCUCACCCUGCUGACUUCGCACACGUGGGGCGCCGAUCGUAUCCCGAGCCGCGCAGAGGCCGUCCCCGUCGUUAUGCCCAAGGGCAGCAUCGUCUACUUCAUCGGCACCCUCUGGCACGGAGGCGGCCGCAACACCUCCAACAGCGACCGUCGCGCCCUGACUGUGCAGUAUUGCCAGCCGUGGAUCCGCACCAUUGAAAAUCAGUUCCUCGCUGUUGACUUUGAGAAGCUCCCUGACAUUCCCAAGAGAAUUGUCGACAUGCUUGGGUACCAAGUUGCAGCGCCGUUCAUUGGACACGUCGACGGCAUGAGCCCCCGGAAGGCUGCAGAGAGACACCUACAGCGGUGGGGAGCCAGCAACACUGGCCACAGUAAACUGUAG